AUGCAUAAAAUCCUAUGGAACAAGAAGUCAAAACCAAUUUUCUUUCGGAUUCUCGUCUACGGUAUCCUUUUUCAAAUCAUUUUCAUGUUGUUCGUCUACAAAACUGAAGAUCAGAAGGAAGAACCACUAUUCCAUGAAUACGACUCCACCAACAACUAUAUGAAUGUCUGUUCCCUGCCGGUUUAUGAUUAUUGGCACCCAAGCAUAAAAUAUGAGGUUGUAGAUCAAAAAUCGAUCGAUAAUUGUCCUACAGAGCCAUUGACGGAAUUGGUGAAUGGGACAUGGAGGAUAUUGGAGAAGGGGAUGAACUGCUCGGCGAGAUGUCUUUCCACGGCCACCUGGCUGCCACCUGGACCAGUCGAAUGCGAAUUCGUGGAAGCCGUCUGCUGGGAAGAUUCCACUGAAAUCUAUCGAUUUUUACACUGCCAAAUUAUAAAACCAAAAAUACCUCCGAAAUUCCCAGAAAACCCACCGAAUGUCUUCGUGUUCCUCGUUGACUCUUUAAGUACAGGCGCUGCUAAACGAUCCCUCCCAAAAACCCUCUCCACCUUAUCCUCUCGGUUAGAAGCCGUAGAAUUCCCGUUUGUGAAUAAAAUCGGCGAGAAUAGCUCGGCUAAUAAAAUGGUUUUGUGGUUCGGUGUGUCUGUGAGUCCUGAUGUCUCGAUAUUAGAAGAAUUUAAGGAUCAUGGUUAUAUGACUUUACAUGUAGAUGAUGAAAAUCAUCAAAAAGGGUUCAAAGCUCAUCAUUAUUUAAAUUUGAAUAAUGGAUUCUGUCCUAAUCAGGUUGAGAACUAUUUCAAGGCGUUUUUAGAAGCUUAUAAAGGACCACCCAAAUUUGCAUGGCUCUCCCUUACAAAAUCCGAUGACUCUAUACUGAAACUCAUCGAAAAUAAUUUAGAAACGCUCCAAAACUCAUUUUUCAUAUUCAUGGGUGCUCAGGGUACUCAGGGUCUGAACUCGGAUUCUGAAAUUGGUAGUUACCAACCAGCCGACUCCUUCAACAACCGUACUCUUCUGGAAAUUUCCGGUGAACGCGGUCACUCAUAUCUCCGUCGUCAACCAUCACUUCCGAGAACUUGCGGACGUCUUCCGAUUCAACCGGAGUACUGUAUUUGUCAAGUGGAGAAGGUUCCGGUAGUGGAUGAAAAUCUGCGGAAUGGAUUUGGAAAUCUACUCGUAAAUCAAAUGAACGAUUUGUUGGAUAGAUCAAAUUUAACCGCGAUUUGUGAGAAAUUUGAGUUGAGGAAGACCCUCUCCCUACUACACCAUGGCCAUAUAAACCCAUCCGACACCAAUCAUUCAUAUGAUCUCACUAUUCUUACUGACUUUGCUCAAUUCAAGACUAUUCUCACGCAAAACAAGAAUAUGUCAUCGACAAAUGUUUUCGUUCGAUUUUUGAUUUUUGGGAUUAUACUUCAAGUGGUGCUCCUAGUUUUGAUCUACAAAAAUUCCAAGGCGUUGAGAUAUUCACUGUCUAAUAAUCAAACUCAAUGUGAUGAUCUACUGAACGAAUGGGAUCCUGAAGUUCCGGUAUUAUUGAUUGAUUUGGAUUUUUUGGAAAACUUGAAAAAUCAGGAUUGUCAAUGGGAUGAGACAAAGAGGGUAAAGAUUGGAGUCCACGUGAAGGGCAAAGACAGAUCGAUCAUCGACACUACUCGAUUCGAUGUUGUGCUUUAUAAUAGUCCGGAUGGAAAAGACUUUUUGGAAUUCUAUGAAGAUGGGAAGAGAAUUAUUCCAAAAAGAUUCGAGACCCGUCAGGUCGGAAACUUUGAAGUUCCUACAAAUAUCCAAAGAUUUAUUGAAUUCUACAAAAGAUCAAAAUUUGUGGAGUGUCUUGGUCUCGAAAUGGACAGGGAUACGUCAGAAGAAAUCCAACAAAACGGUACCACUUCCACCAGUAUCCUUGCCCGGUUCCGAGAUGAACUAAUCGAUAUGGGGAUGUACCCUUAUUUAAACGGUGGCACACUACUCGGAUGGUAUCGUGAAUGUACAGUAAUCCCACAUACCCUCGAUUUGGAUUUCUCGGUUUUCAAGGAGAACUACAAUCCGGAGUACGCGGAGAAAGUAUUGAGGAAGAAUGAGUCUGCUUUCGAUAUGAGGAGAAUGCUAGGGAAGCUAGAAGACUCCCAUGAGAUCACAGUAGUUUCCAAGGAAGAAGGGCGGCCAGCAAUCGAUUUAUUUGUAAUGUAUGACUAUGUGGAGGAUGGAAAAGUGAUCUACCGUUAUAUUCCUGGGCUAGAUAACGAUGGCACAAAAUACAGAUUCACCCAUCUCCUCCUAGACCCCGCCUGCGCCGCUGAAAUGCAUGGUCAUCUAUUUUGGAUUCUUUGUAAUCCGAUAGAACAGUUGAAGCAUGAAUACGGACCACUUUGGUAUCGAGACCAUCCAACUUCUUAUUUUGCAUGGAAUCAUUCGCCAAAGAAUAUCGUGGUCGCGGGGAACUUCACGGAAGAGGAAAUGGAAAAGUAUUAUCUGCAUUUUUAA